CUCUGAAAUCUCCAGGAAAAAAAAUCAGAUUACCCCCUCAGAUUAUUUGCGAAAUUCAGUAAGAUCCAAAAAUGGGCACUUCACAAAGCAGGGAAGAUCGAAUCACUGACUCAGAAUCCGAAGAAGAUUAUGAGGAAGAAGAACAGGAAGAAGUGCAAUACGACGACGCUUUAAGCGAUCACCAAAACGCCCAAUCUUCAUCAUCAACCUCUUCAGGUACUAGCAAAGGCCUCGAUGAUAUCGAUGCUAAGCUCAAAUCCCUAAAGCUGAAAUACAAUUCUCCUCAACAAUCGAUCCCCAAUCUCAAAAACCCGGUGAAGCUUUACCUUCACAUAGGUGGAAACACUCCCAAAGCCAAAUGGGUAAUCUCUGAAAAGCUCACUUCUUAUCGUUUCACAAAGGUGAACGAUGACGGUGACGAUGAUUCCUGUUGGUUUUUGGAAGUGGGUUCGAAAGUUAAGGCUAAGGUUUCAACCGAAAUGCAAUUGAAAAUGUUUGGGGAUCAAAAACGGGUCGAUUUUGUUGAUAAAGCUGUUUGGGCUUUGAAGUUUUUAACCGAUGAGGAGUAUAGGAAUUUCGUUACCCUAUUUCAGAAUUGUUUGUUUGAGAAUGUUUAUGUUAUGGAAGCUACUGAAGAGAAUAAGGUUAAGGUCUAUGGGAAGGAGUUCAUUGGAUGGAUGAAGCCGGAGGCAGCUGAUGAUUCUGUGUGGGAAGAUGCAGAGGAUCAUAGCUCGGAUUCAACUCCGGUUAAAAGGGGUCAAGAAUUGAUGGAGGAAUUUGAGGAAGCUGCUAAUGGGGGUGUCCAGAGUUUGGCUUUGGGCGCGUUGGAUAGUAGUUUCUUGGUCAAUGAUUUGGGUGUUCAGGUUUAUAGGAACUUUAACCGUGGGAUUAAUGCUAAAGGUAUUUGUGUUAAGUUUGAUGCUGGCAGUUCGAGGAUUGGAGAAAAUUCUUCCAAUUCGACUCCGAAAAAGGCCCUGUUAAUGAGGGCGGAGACGAAUAUGAUGCUUAUGAGUCCGGUGAAGGAGGGGAAGCCUAAUGCUAACGGGCUCAAGCAGGUUGAUAUUGAGACGGGGAAGAUUGUUAGUGAGUGGAAGUUUGAGAAAGAUGGGGCUGAUAUUACCAUGAGAGAUAUCACCAAUGAUACAAAAGGGUCGCAAUUGGAUCCAUCGGAGUCGACCUUUUUGGGAUUGGACGAUAAUAGAUUGUGCCAAUGGGAUAUGAGAGAUCGAAAAGGGAUGGUUCAGAACAUUGCCACAAGUGAUUCACCUGUAUUGCAUUGGACACAAGGGCAUCAGUUCUCGAGAGGGACGCAUUUUCAGUGCUUUGCUAGUACUGGUGAUGGAUCGAUUGUGGUUGGAUCACUUGAUGGAAAGAUCAGGUUGUAUUCGAAGACAUCAAUGAGGCAGGCCAAAACUGCGUUUCCUGGACUCGGGUCGCCAAUCACUCAUGUAGACGUCACCUAUGAUGGGAAGUGGGUGUUGGGUACAACUGAUACAUAUCUGAUCCUCAUUUGCACUCUGUUCACGGAUAAAGAUGGGAAGACGAAAACCGGGUUCGGUGGUAGAAUGGGGAACAAAAUUCCAGCACCCAGACUGUUGAAGUUGACUCCUCUUGAUUCACAUCUAGCUGGGAAUAAUAAUAAGUUCCAUGGUGGCCAUUUCUCAUGGGUUACCGAAAAUGGCAAACAAGAGCGGCACUUAGUUGCGACAGUGGGGAAAUUCAGUGUGAUUUGGGAUUUCCAGCAAGUGAAGAACAGUGCUCACGAAUGCUAUCGAAAUCAACAGGGUCUCAAGAGUUGUUAUUGCUACAAGAUCAUACUGAAGGACGAAUCUAUCGUCGAGAGCCGAUUCAUGCACGACAACUUUGCCGUCAGUAACUCACCUGAAGCUCCACUGGUUGUGGCGACUCCGAUGAAAGUCAGCUCGAUCAGCCUCUCCGGUAGACAAUGACAUCUGCCCAACACACUACUUUCCAAAUAUAUGAAAAAGAACUCCCAUGUCGUAUGCACAGUUGUAUCCAACACUCGAGUACCGAGUAGCAUAGGCUUUUAGGGUUUGUUUUGACUGCACUCACAUUUCAUGCUUUUGUUUUUUGUUCUUAAAUCUUUUUCAUUAAAAAAUGUCUCUGAAACCUUCUCCUCUCUGGUUAUUGGAAUUCAAGAAGCUUGGAUUGUUGAAAAUGUAAGAGUUGAUUUUUAACUUGCAAUGAUUUUUGUUAA